GUUGCGGGGCAGCGUUCGGCCGUUUUAAACAUGAGUUGUAGGCGCGCGGCGGGGACGGUCGGGGGUCGGAUAAACACGCGGCAGCGCAGGCCCCGCGCCCCCUGGAGCGGCCAGGGCGGGAUCCGCAGCGCGGCGGGGGCCGAGCAGCCUCAGCUCCCGGGCGCCUCCCGCCGGGCAGCGAGCAGGGCGUCAGCACAGUCACUGGCGGAGGGGGCCGGCCAGCCAGGGCCGCCCAUAGCGCCGCCCGGAACGGGGGCGGGGCCGGCUGAGCCUGCCGGGCUCCCGUCCGCCCCGCCUACCCCUGGUGCCGGGUGCUGGCGGCGGAACCAGGCGGCGGCGGCCAGGAUGGCAGCGCCCAUCAUCCCCGAGAGCGGCAGCAUCAAAAAAGCAGUGUUGCUCAUUAACAUGAUAGACCCAGGCAAAUUUCCUAGAUUACUCUCCCGCAUCCUUCAAAAGCUUCAUCUAAAGGCUGAGAGCAGUUUCAGUGAAGAGGAGGAAGAAAAACUGCAAGCUGCGUUUUCAAUGGAGAAGCAAGAUCUUCAUUUAGUCCUUGAAACUAUAUCAUUUAUUUUGGAACAGGCAGUCUAUCAUAACCUGAAACCAGCUAUUCUGCAACAGCAGCUGGAGAGCAUUCACCUUGAUCAAGACAAAGCAGAAGCAUUUGUCAGUGCAUGGAUUGCUGCAGGUCAAGAUACAAUUGAAAAGUUCAGGCAGAGGAUUUUGGCCCCUCAAAAGCUUGAGACAAUUGGAUGGCAGCUUAACCUUCAGAUGGCUCAGUCCACCCAAGCGAAACUGAAAUCUCCUCAAGCUGUAUUAGAACUUGGAAUGAGCAAUGAAGAUUCAAAGGGUACUAUCGCUUGUACAGACCAACUGAAGUGCAGGAUUUCCCAGUGUCAUUUUAUAAUGAACCUGGAAAAAGUGUUUGUGGAAUUCAGUCAUCAGGAGCUGUUUGAGUUCUAUAACAAGCUGGAGACUAUACAAGCACAGCUGGAUUCCCUUACGUGAUGUUUUUGAAGACUUGUUUCUCCCUCGCACUCCUGCCACCUCAUUAUUUUGAAUUGAAGAUAGAUUGCCAAGCUGUGUUCGCUGAUGGAUUCAAUAGGUUGCUUCCUGUAAAAUUAUAUGGCUUAUCUCCUCUUAGACCAGUAACAUUAGCCAAGGGAGAUCAUUGUUAAGAGUUCUGAGCUUCUAAUUGACUUUCUCUUGUUUUUGAACCAACAGCAUUUGUUAAGAACAGUGUUAUGUGAGAAAAAAAUGUAAUACCAUACUGUUGGUUUAUAGUUCUUCUAUACUUUAUUACCUGUGUUGCUUGAUUCAUUACACAUGUGAUGGCAAUUCACAUACUAGUGAGGGACAGGAAUAAAAUCUGUAUCAAAGUUAUUAGAAGAAUAUAAAACUUAAGGAGUGACAUUAGUAGAAGUAGUCAAAAAAUAGACAGAAUUGUCUCCAUCCUUUUGAAUUUCUCCCUUCCCUCCCUCCCUCCGCAGAUAGUGUUGAUUGCAAAUUAGCCA